AUCCAGUGUCCCAGUAUGCGGCUCUUGGAAAUGCCACCUUCCUUUCUGGAGCGCUCCCACAGACAAAGCAAUGGCGUUAAAAGGUUUUGGCUGGUCCCGAGGUAUCCUCUGAGACGAGGCAGCUCGUUCACCUUUCUGACUCCAGGACCCCACUGGGACUUCACCCUGAAAAGGAAGCGCCGAGAGAAGGACGAUGACGUGGUCAGUCUCUGCAGCCUGGAUUUCAAGGAGCCAAGCAAUAAACGGGUUCGGCCUUUAGCACGGGUCACAUCCUUGGCGAACUUGAUCUCUCCUGUAAGAAAUGGUGCAGUUCGGCGCUUUGGGCAGACAAUCCAGUCAUUCGCCCUUCGCAGCGACAGCAAAUCCCCUGGCUGUGCCCAGAAGUCAUGCAGCAGAUCCGCUGCUCCCACCCCUCCUAAAAGAAGAAACAGUGUCCUCUGGUCUGAGAUGCUAGACGUCAACAUGAAAGAAUCCCUGAGCACCAAAGAAAUCAAGCGCCAGGAGGCCAUCUAUGAAAUGUCCAGAGGAGAGCAGGACCUAAUUGAGGACCUGAAGCUUGCCAGAAAGGCUUAUCACGAUCCUAUGCUGAAACUCUCCAUCAUGUCCGAGGAGGAGCUCACCCACAUAUUUGGGGACCUGGAUUCUUAUAUUCCUCUGCAUGAAGACUUGUUGGCAAGUUUAGGAGAAGCAACAAAACCAGAUGGAACAGUGGAGCAGAUUGGGCCCAUUCUCGUGAAGUGGUUACCGAGACUCCAUGCCUACAAAGGUUACUGUAGCAAUCAGCUGGCAGCAAAAGCGCUUCUGGAUCAGAAGAAACAAGACCGGAGAGUGCAGGACUUCCUUCAGCGCUGCCUCGAGUCUCCUUUCAGCCGCAAGCUGGACCUCUGGAGCUUUUUGGACAUUCCUCGAAGUCGGCUGGUCAAAUACCCGCUGCUCCUCAAAGAAAUCCUGAGGCACACUCCCAAAGACCAUCCUGAUAUCCAGAUCCUGGAAGAAGCCAUAUCUAUAAUCCAAGGAGUCCUCUCUGACAUCAACUUGAAGAAGGGGGAGUCAGAGUGCCAGUACUACAUCGACAAGCUGGAAUACCUGGAUGAGAAGCAGAAGGACCCAAGGAUUGAAGGCAGCAAAGCUUUGCUGUGCCACGGGGAGCUGAAGAAUAAAAAUGGGCAUAAACUCUACGUCUUCCUCUUCCAAGACAUCCUGGUUCUGACCCGGCCGGUGACUCGCAACGAGCGCCAGUCAUACCAAGUGUACCGCCAGCCCAUCCCCGUCCAGGAGCUGCUCCUCGAAGACCUGCAGGACGGCGAUGUGAAAAUGGGAGGAUCCUUCCGAGGAGCUUUUGGCAAUUCGGAUAAAGCUAAAAAUAUCUUCCGAGUUCGUUUCCAAGACCCCUCCUCGGGCCAGUCCCACACGCUGCAGGCCAACGACGUCUUCCACAAGCAGCAGUGGGUCAACUGCAUCCGAACCGCCAUCGCCCCCUUCCAGCGGACUGCAGCAGCCGCCGCCGAGCUGCCGGAGCUGCCGGAGCUCAGCGAAGAGACGGAGGAGAACAACCCCUCGGUGCCCAACGUCAGGGCGCAGAGGAGGCAGUCCGGCGUUACGGAGAUGGAACUGGACGAGAGCAUGGCCGAGUGCGGCUCCGUCCUGGACUCGGAGGAAACCAAGAGCGUGAAAACGCACAGAACGCUCGUGGGGCACAGGAAAACGAGGGAGAAGCAGCUGAGCAGCAAGCGGAAAGAAACGCUGGUGUGAAGAGCCCGGCGGAAGACUGUUUAUUUAUAAAUACCGUGUACAUUUUUCUUGUCAUGUGAGCAUGAUUGGAUUUGCUCUUCUGAACAGAAGUGUCUUUUUUUUUUUUUUU